ACCGAGCUGACCCGAUCCUACACCUGCUGCUGCUCGCGCGCCUCCCGCGUAAACCGAGCCCGGCGGCACGAGCUGCUCCUCUCAGCCAUGAGGUUUAAUCUCAAACAUGAGCGCUAUCAUCAGGUUCACAUUUUACGGAUUUUUUACCGGAAAACAUUCGGAUUUUUUAAACGUUAAGGAGCCGCGAGGACCGUUAAACUGCUGCUGACACACUGAAGAGAAAACACGGAGAUUAUAGCUGCUGAAUCUGUCAAGUCUGUGGACUAACGGCUCCUCCGCGGAUCUUUACGUCACCAUGAGUCUGUGGACUAACGGCUCCUCCGCGGAUCUUUACGCCGGGACUCAGCGUCAACCGUCCGGCUCCAACUACUCCAACAGCACCAACGGCUCCCGGCACGACGCCGCCCCGGUGGACCUGAGUCGGGCGGUGCCGGUGGGCAUGGUGCUGGCCUUCUUCAUCACGUUCGCCAUCGUGGGGAACAUCCUGGUAAUCCUGUCGGUGGUUUGUAACCGACACCUGCGGAUCCCGACCAACUACUUCAUCAUCAACCUGGCCAUCGCGGACCUGCUGCUGGGCACCACCGUGCUGCCGGUCUCCGCCACGCUGGAGGUUCUGAAUUACUGGGUGUUUGGGCGGAUCUUCUGUGACAUCUGGGCAGCUGUGGACGUGCUGUGCUGCACGGCCUCCAUCAUGUCUCUGUGCGUCAUCUCCAUCGACCGAUACAUCGGCGUGCGCUACCCGCUGCAGUACCCCACCAUCGUCACCGAGAAGCGGGCGCUGCUCGCCAUGCUGGGCGUCUGGAUCCUCUCCAUCGUCAUCUCCAUCGGUCCGCUGCUGGGCUGGAAGCAGACGCCAUCACAGGACGACACCGAGUGCGGGAUCACCCAGGAACCGUUCUACGCGCUGUUCUCGUCGCUCGGCUCCUUCUACAUCCCGCUGGCCGUGAUCCUCGCCAUGUACUUCCGCGUCUACGUCGUGGCCAAGCGCACCACCAAGAACCUGGAGGCCGGCAUGAUGAAGGAGCGCAUGGCGGACUCCAACGAGCUCACCAUGCGGAUCCACUGCCGCAGCCAGCAGAUCCAGGAGCUGUGUCCCGCCAACGCUGGGGGCGGAGCUUCGGCCGCACGCAGCUCGCUCACCGUCAAGCUGCUCAAGUUCUCCCGGGAGAAGAAGGCCGCCAAGACGCUGGGCGUGGUGGUGGGCAUGUUCAUCCUCUGCUGGCUGCCCUUCUUCCUGGUGCUGCCCAUCGGCUCCUUCAACAAAGACCUCCAUCCUCCUCCUACUUUAUUUAAAGUUAUAUUCUGGUUGGGAUACUUCAACAGCUGCCUGAACCCCAUCAUCUACCCCUGCUACAGCCGCGAGUUCAAACAGGCCUUCAUCAGGAUCCUGCGCUGCCGCUGGAAGAGGAAGCGCCAGGGCUGGCAGGCGUACUACAACUACCGGCGCCACGAGGGCUCGCACGCCACGUCCUUCCUGAACGGCAGCCAGCAGACGCUGGCGUCCGUCAGCCCCAGCCCGCCCCCCUCCAGGCUCCGCCCCCCCUCCUCCAGGCUCCGCCCCCAGGGGCUCGCCGAGGGUCCCGGGACGACAGGGCUCGGCACUGGCGCAGACAGUAGCGCUAACUGA